AUGGCAAGUAAUGGCCAGCUUCUCACCAAGGGCUCGCGAGCACAAUACUUACUUGAUAUCACUUUCUACGGCCCGACUAUAUUCCCUAUCCUCUUCGCUGCUAUUGUUGGUCGUGCAUUAAAAGCUCUGGCAACAUGGGAACUACAAAGGGGCUCUACUAUAGGUCAUAUUGAAACGCUUUCCAGCAGUACUACUCUGAUAGGAGCCAUCGUUACACAGAUCCAAUUGAGAAACCUCAAUCUUGUGGCCAUUGCUCUUAUCGUACUAUGGGCACUUUCUCCAGUUGGUGGCCAGGCGUCACUUCGAGUCUUGCGGUCAGGGACUAGGAUUACCAAGACAAAUCAUCAAUUCCAAGCUUUAGACCCAGUGUCAUCAUGGAACGCCGGCAGCAGCACCAGCUAUCCGAUUUUAGCGCAUGCCCUCUUUACGUCCUCGCUUAUCACGACGAAAAAGUUUUAUAAUAAGCCACAAGAUAGCUGGGGAAACCUGCGUAUACCAAUAGUCGAAGCCUUUGACAAUUAUCAGAGCCAUGCAUGGAUCAAAUUACCAGACAAUGCUACCGAAGUCACAUUUUCAUCUCUUAUAGGUGUUCCAGUCAACCCAGGACUACCUAGCGAGCCGACGUUUCUCACACUUAGUACCUCUUAUAUGUAUCUGGAUUGCCCGACUUUUCAUACGAGUCCCCUGGAGCGUGACCAAUGGCAACAGUACGAAGCACCUCCAUGGACCAAUUUUACAGCUGACCCUCCUUCGCUGGAAAACUCCAAUGAUACAUGGGCGCAUUAUCAUACGUUUACAGGAGAUGGUGGACCUAUUGUGGCCAAGGGCUUCCAAAUAGCUCUAUCCACCUGUCUUGGAAUUUGCUCUCACAGGCUAGUGCCACGAGAGGCUCGUAGGGUCAUUUGGGAGUCAGCCACUAGCAAGACCUUCGCACACAUUGAUUGCACUUUACAUACGACUUAUGUGGACGUAAGAUAUGGUUGCGUUGACACUUCCUGCUCUCCGAUUGAAGUACGCUUAUCACCCUAUAAGCCAGAUUCUGGUCAUUCCACUAGCCCCGGCAUCUCGGAUGGCAAUCCUCAGGAUCCUUGGAAUAAUCGCAACUUCACCGGCUUUGACAAGGGCUAUAGCAACGCACCCUCAAACUUUUUGAAUACGAUGGCCUCUGCUUUUCGUAUGAGGAGCGCUCGCGACAUGGUGCCUCUUCUUGGGUUUAUACUAUCUCCGAAUGACACAAUGGCUGCUCCUCCCGACGGCGUUUUCUACGAAGAUGUCACCAGUAUUGGCAAAGCAAAGUUUCAGGAGAGACUCUCGCAGUUAUUUAAUACUUUGUUCCUCGCCGGCAUCCAGCCAUCUGCCAUUACAGGUGCUAUGCCAGUAACGGAAGAAUUACCAUUUUCUGCUGUAUCAGCGAUUACCGCAGAGACAAGAAUAACCAAUAACAUUCUUGAAUGCAAUAAGUCUUGGUUUGCCAUAAUGCUAGUCAUCAGUAUUAUCGUCUUGGUUAUAUCUCUCUCUGGGGCAUUUCUUCGAGCUAUAACGCUGGUACCAGAUGUUUUAGGAACAUUGUCGAUGAUUACUUUAGAUAAUCAAUGUGACAAGGAAUUACGCAAAGCAUCCAUGCUUGAUGGCUUGGAACGCUCUCGUUUACUUAAAAAGGUAAGUAUUAAGCUGGGUAACGUGGAGCAGAAUGGCCUAUUAGGUCGUAUAGGUUUUUCGGCACCGGCAUAUAAUGAGGAAGGAUCUGAACUCCAUGAAAAUGGGUUAUAUGAGUAG